AUGACAGUAACGCCUGGCCUGCCCGACCUCUGGGACAGUGGAAUGACUGGUGAGAUUCUGGUGAAUGGAAAACAGAGGGAGCUACGAACCUUCCGGAAGAUGUCUUGUUAUAUCAUGCAGGACGACAUGCUACUGCCGCACCUGACUGUCAAGGAAGCCAUGAUGGUCUCUGCCAACCUGAAGCUCAAUGAGAAGAUGGAUGUGAAGAGAAAACUGGUAAAUGAGAUCUUAACCGCACUGGGUCUCCUUGAAUGCGCUGAAACUCGUACGCUUUGCCUGUCUGGAGGUCAGCGAAAACGUUUAGCCAUUGCUCUGGAACUAGUCAAUAAUCCACCCGUCAUGUUCUUUGAUGAACCUACGAGUGGUUUAGACAGCGCAUCUUGUUUCCAGGUGGUCUCUCUGCUGAACUCUCUGGCUCAAGGCGGCCGCACAAUCAUCUGCACCAUACACCAACCGAGUGCAAAACUUUUCGAAAUGUUUGACAAGCUUUAUAUUCUCAGUCAGGGGCAGUGCAUAUAUCGAGGGUCUGUCACCCACCUCAUCCCAUAUCUGAAGAGCCUAGGACUACACUGUCCGACCUACCACAAUCCCGCAGACUUCAUUAUUGAAAUAGCAUCAGGGGAGUAUGGAGACCUGAACCCCGUAUUAUUCCGGGCGGUGGAAGACGGACUGUGCCCCAUUAGUAGGGAAAAAAGCAAGUCGACCGUCAGAGAACUAGAGCUCUGCCCCCUGGAUGUCUCUGGCCACAUCGAGAGCCAUACUUUUGCGACAAGCUCCAUGAACCAGUUCUGCAUCCUCUUCAAACGCACGUUCCUCUCCAUCCUGAGAGACACGGUCCUGACUCACCUGCGUUUCAUGUCUCACCUGUGUAUCGGGGUUCUGAUCGGGCUGCUGUACCUGCACAUUGGUGACGAUGCCAGCAAAGUAUUCAAUAACACGGGCUUCCUCUUCUUCUCCAUGCUCUUUCUUAUGUUUGCAGCUCUUAUGCCAACUGUGUUGACCUUUCCUCUGGAGAUGUCUGUCUUUCUCAGAGAACACCUAAACUACUGGUACAGCCUAAAGUCAUAUUAUCUAGCCAAGACAAUGGCAGAUGUCCCCUUCCAGGUAAUCUGCCCUAUCGCAUAUUGCAGCAUUGUAUACUGGAUGACGGGUCAGCCACCCGAAGCCACUCGUUUCCUCCUCUUCUCCGCCCUUGCUACGUCUACUGCUCUUGUUGCACAAUCAUUGGGGCUUCUAAUUGGUGCAGCCUCCAACUCCUUACAGGUUGCAACCUUCGUAGGCCCCGUCACGGCAAUACCGGUGUUACUAUUCUCAGGCUUCUUUGUCAGCUUUAAAACGAUUCCAACCUAUCUGCAAUGGAGUUCAUACAUUUCAUAUGUCAGAUAUGGGUUUGAAGGAGUUAUCCUGACCAUCUAUGGCAUGAACCGAACUAAAUUACAAUGCAAUGAAGAACCCUGCACAUUCCAAGAUCCUCAUGUAGUCCUACAACAACUCGAUGUUGAGGAUGCAAAACUGUACCUUGACUUUCUUGUGCUGGGAGGCUUCUUUAUUGGACUCCGCCUCCUGGCUUACCUUGUGCUACGCUACCGCGUUAAAUCGGAACGGUAG